AUGAAACGGAAAAUUGAACCAAAGUCUGAGCCAGUUGAACACUCUAGAUCAAUUUUAGCAGCAUUUGCUCGACAACGGGAAGGAAAGAUUUGUUCAAUAUGCAAAGCAAGAGUGUCUAUAGGACAGUUCAGAGUUCACGUUGAUGCAUGUUCCGUUUCUCCAGACGAUGAUGAGUGCCAAGUAACAUUAAUGAUCACGGCCGAGGAAAAGGUGGAAAUUGCCAAGCAAAUAGUAGAAAUCUAUGAUACAUCCGAUUCCGAGUUAGCGCCAACGCAAGAAAUUGUAACUCAACUGAAAGAUAAUAUAAACGUAGAGAACACAGAGAAAUCUUGUCGAAGGAGGAGUGCACGCCUACAGAUACAGGAUGUAUUGAAAAGCAAUGAUCAAAAAGUGAAAGAGACUACUACUUUGAAACGUCGCAAGCUCUCGAUUGAUGCGGUGCAUUGUCAACCUUCAACGUCAAAAGAUGAAGCGAAAGAAGAAAAUGUUUCAAAAAAGAUAGUUAAAAAAGAACCUACCCAGUCUGUACCAAAACCGCAAGCUUUAGUCAAAGUGGAAGCUAUCACAGUAGAGGGAAUUCUAGGAAAGUUGAAAUCUCUUCUGAGCCAAAUCAAGUUUUCUUAUGCAAAUCAAAAAAUAGAGCAGGAUGCUGAUGAUGACGAAGUUGAGAGAGAGAACACACCAUAUUUCGUGAAGUUCACGUUACAAGCCAUUCAAACUGUAUUAAGUCUGAAAUCGGAUGACGGAAAGCAGUAUGACGAACAAUUCUGGGGAGAUUAUAUGAUCUUUUUUCAUAACUUCUUAGAAUUAUCAUGUAAAGCUAGACAGCUUCUUAUGAGGUUUUUUCUCCGCAAGAGAGCUUGGCUUACUACAGAGAAGCUGUAUCAGAGGUAUACGGAGUUCGCAGGAGUUCUGCCAAAACUGUUUGAUGAGUUAACGAACUUCGGUUUUGUGGAAUGCAGCGAUAACUCCCUCGAUGAUCUGGAGCUUCUCUUGAAGCUUUUACCUCUACCUAAAGUCAAGCAAGUUGCAAAAGUUUUCAAGUUGGAUGCAACAAAAAUGAAGGCAGACUUAUCAAAGAUGUUAAUAGAUUUUGCUUCCCGCCAGCAAGGUCUUUUUGGGUUGAAAGGCACUGUCAAAAAACGGAUGAUAAAAACAAUACAAACUGAAUUAGGACCCUGUUAUCGGAUUUCCGACAGUAUAUCAUUAUUUCUGAAGUCUAUUUUUACUUUGUUUUCCCCCAGUGAAACAAAUUCCGCUCUUGCCAUUGAUCAGCCGAACUUGAACAUCGAGCAAAGCAUGCUAUUUACAAUGCUACAGAUGGAAAGUGGAAGGCAGUCUUUCCCUGCACCAAAUCCGUGCAAUAAUAUCAUAAGCAUAUACAGGAAUAGAGACGAUCUAAUUCAAUAUGUUCAAGCGAAGAAUAUGGAAGUAGAAAUAAUGAAUUUAAUAGGGCUUGGUAAACAUGGGGAGGCCUUAGAAGUCUCAUUGAAAGCCAAAGAACUACUUUGUGGAGAAUCAUUUUCAAAAUUACUCGAAGAAAGCAAAUGGAUUUAUCCUGCACUGCGGCGGUUUAGUGCACCAUGGGUGCUUGUUCGUUGCAUCGCUCAUGGUGCAAGUUUGUUGGAACGGCAGAAAAAUUUCGUGUUGGCAGUAGAUUUGCAACGGUUUCUGUUGAAGUCAAAAGCGGUCGAAGGGUUUUGUAUGGACGCUCGAGGUGCUUGGUGGGAUCGUCUGGCACUGAAUCUGGAUUCUCACUUGAGGGAGAAAGAUGAAGCAUUAGAAGAAAUACGAGAAGGAUUACAAGACAUGCAUGUCAAAGAGAAAGAUCAACUAUUACUUCAGGACAGGGGAAAGCGGCUAAUCAAAUCAUUCGAUUCAAUUUUGAUAUUGUGCGAACCAAAAGUUUUAACGAUCAAAGGAAAUGUUUUAAACAAGAAUAUAGGAGAUACUCGUGUCAACCGGUUCAUUCGCACUCAAAAUGAUUUAGUGGAAGAGUGCUCAGUUGAAGAAGUUGUUCGAAUGCAUUAUCUUGAAAAUGAAAACUACACGAAAGGAGUUCAUGCUGAAGGGUCAAUUUGGCAUACCGUGUUGGGACUUCUCUUCUAUGAUAUUAUAUUCGACCAUAGUAUUAAAGGCAUGUGGGCAAGUAAGCUUCAAGAUGCCGAAAUUGAAGAACAGAUAUAUCUAUGCUGGGUUGCACACAACGGAGUUGUUAAUAGCGAAAUAAGUUGGGAACUUUUUGAAUCUCCCGAUGAUUGUAAUGAAUUCAUCCGUUGUUGUCCACGUGAAGCGUUGGUCAAUGUAUUACAACGAAUUAUUAUGAAUUAUAAAGCAACUAGGAGCGGAUUCCCCGAUCUCACAAUGUGGAACGUCGAAACUCGACAAGUGGCGGUUGUGGAAGUGAAGGGUCCAGGAGAUCGUUUAUCAACAAAGCAAAGGCUAUGGCUUCACCAUUUCCAGGAAUGGGGCAUAAGAGCGGAUGUUUGCCAUGUAACUGCAAAAAAUCACAAGGAAAUCGCCAAGAAAUAG